CUACUGGUGGCGAUAAGUUUGUCAUUCAAAAUAUUAACUCCUUUUAGUAAUUAAUAAUAAUAUACAGCAAUGAAUUAAUGUUUAUAUGCUAUGUGAGUUAUGUUUCAGUAGCCGUCUAAUAAAACUAUUGUGAAAGAGGCCGAUAUGGUGUUCAUAGCAACAAGGAACAUAGUCCGCCAUAUUGGAUUUUAGUAGAACUUCGAAAUUCGGGAACAUCAGCCGAAAGAGUUUUUUUAAAUAAAAAUGGCAGCACCACUGCCAGCUAUCCCGCCAGGGCAGGGCCAUGGCCCUGGAUUACAAACAAUACAACAACACAGGGUGCCAAGCCCUCCCAGCAAAAUUAGUACAGGAAGCAUUUCCAGAUCAACUUACAGACCAGGACAGAGACUUAUAGGCAAAAGGGAAAGAGAACAGCAAGCAAAACAGCAAAUGCUACGAGCAAAACAGCCAGACCUUUCACACAUGGACACAGCUAGAUACAGGAAUACAUACUUCCACACAUUGUGCGUAGAAAUGUUAAAAGAUGGUUUCCAUAGAUCUUUCUCUGAGCUAUUUGCUCUCAUCAAACGACAGAAAGCAGAAAGAGAAGCAGCAGGUCCAGAUUCAUUAAUAUGGAAUUUAACACUGUUAGAAGAUGAAUAUGAGAAAUUAGACAAAUUAAAACAAUACCUUACAGAAGCAGAAGCUGCACUCAGGCUAAGCAAUAUGGAGGCAGUCUAUACAGCACAGCAUAAAUUAGCAGAAUAUUUUAAAGCAAUAGAAGAUUACUGGUUAUCAGAUCAUUUUUACACAUUGUGUCUUGACACUAGCUUACAAAUAAAAGGAGACGGGCGACGGAAAGAAGCUGAAGCCAACUGUAAUAUGGGUUUAGGAUAUGAACAUAACAGAGUAUAUGAUAAAGCAGCAGAACACUUCGAAACGUUUUAUAAGCUAUGCUCAAGGAAUAAAAGCUGGAGAACAACAGAUGGUGGCAGUUUGCAUGCCAUGUCAUGUGAUCAUCUCAUGAGGUUGUACACAACAAUGGCAGAAAACUUUCAGAAAGCAGAGAAAAAAGAUCUACAGCAGGCAAUCCAGUAUUUGCUGAAGGCGUUUGAAAUGGCAAAAGAAAGUGGUGACACAGCUAAAGAAGGAGUGUCAAGUUAUAAAUUAGGUUUAGCAUACAAAGAUAUUGGAGAUCCUGAAACAGCACUCAUGUAUCAUGAAGGUUACAUGGAAAUCUGUAAACAACUUGGAGAUCAGGAAGGUAUGGGAAAAUCCUGUGAAGCCAUAGCUGCUGCAUAUGAAAGUCAAGGCAAGGCUGAAGAUGCUAUACGUUACCUUGAGAUGUUUGUUGAAGUGGCAGAAAAAAGCAAGCAAGAAAAAGCACUUGGCAGAGCAUCAGCUUGCCUUGGUACCAUAUAUAACAUACAGGGCCAGUACCUGAAAGCGGCUGAAUACUUUGGAAAAGCUUACAACAUAGCACGUAGCACUGGUGAUAACUUAGGUACCAGUGAGACAAGGGUGCACUAUGGUAUUGCCAGUGCACAUCGCAUCUUACUUAACUAUACUGACUGUGUUGAGAAACCCUCAAAGAAAAGAUUGGAGGCAUUGAUUUUAUACAAGAAUGGACGUGGUGAGCAGUUUGCUGAACCAGUCAAGGAUAGCCCUCCUCCCAAAGUUGAAGAGAAAAAGGAGGAGAAGAAGGAAGAGGAAAAAAAGGAAGAAAAAAGUGAGAAUAAGGAAGAAGAAAAGACAGAGGAAAAUGAGAAGAAAGAUUGAAAAUAUAACUAAUUUCUCUGUAUAUGCAAGCAUUCCACUGUACAUAAAUCAUAUCAUUUUAUAAACAAAAUACUAAAUAAGAGGAAUUCUUUUAAGAACACACAACAUUUGAAAUCGAUUGAAGAACAAAAACUUACAUAGGACUGUUUGCAGUAUAGCCCUUGUGUGUUCUAAUUCAGCAUCCCACUUGGAUGUUUUAUACAGAGGUUCUUAAAAUGUAGGCUGUAAAUAUUUUGUAAUUGACUGUUUAUUUUGUAUAAAACUUGAAAGCAUUUCAGUGCUUUUAUAAUGUGAGUUUAUUAACAUGGUGUGCAGUGAUACAUAUUGCGACACUCCUCCCCUUCACUUUAUUUACAAACUGUUAUCCAUACUGUACGAGUUUUUUUUCUCAAUUUAACAUUCAGUCUAUUGUGUUGAGAAUGAAUAGGGAUUGAUAUAAUUAAUAUUAUGCUGCUUGAUUGAAGAAAUAUUGAUUUAAGGAAGAUGCCUUGAAAUGUGUUGAUACAUCCCUCCUACCUGGUAAAUAGAUACAGGAAGUGUUUUUGUACAGUGUACAGUAGAAAAAAUGAAUGCAACAGUAAAUAUUUCUAUCCUUCAAUUGUCAGUACCAUAGACACAAACCCAUGACUUGCAUGUGUAUCACAUGAAUCCUGUCCAUGUACCCUGCUUAAUGUGUUCAUUUCAAGACCGAUACAGUCAACAUACCUGUUUUUUACCGUCCAGAUUGGUAAAUGCUCAAAUAGUAACUAUACUACCCCUGGUACUGUAGUUUACUUUGUUGUUUUCUGCAAGAUGCUAUUUAUUUUCUGAUUGUCUCACAUUAUUAAAAAGGGUACCCCUAUUGAUUAGAUCUCUAGGUAAUGCAUUUUUAUAAUGCUUGCAUGUACAAGAUCAUUGAAUGUAUUAUUUUAUAUCAAAUAAAAAUAUAUCUUGA